GUGAGGUCAGUGCCUGGCUUGCCUGGCCCACACCAGAGCUUCAACACCUUCCACUGCUAUCUGUCCAGGGGAAUCGCAACCACCACUACCAACUUACCUUUCCAUCACGAACCAUUUCCCACCUGCCUCACCGACCGCAAACCAGUUUCGCGUCUUUUCCAUGACCGCCGACGAACAUCUUGCAUCUCAGCGACAUUAAACGAUACCCAGCGAUCCUAUUUCCAGCCUUCAUUCCGCCUCUUGCCCGUCGAUCCCCCGGCAUCUCCGUGCUUCCGAAUUCCGCGAUCCUCAACCACCUACUCACCUUUCCCCUGCAAUCCUGGCUUCCCCGGCCGGGCAAGCUGGCCGAGGACGUCCAGCGCCAGUCGAAUGAAUGCAACCCCUAAAUCCAUUCCUCGCUGCCUUCUUCCGAAGCUCCCUACCCUCACAGUGUACCCCGGUACAUCACCACAUCCUCCUGGUCCCGACCACCGAUGUUCUCCUCACAUGUCGCGAAGUCGAGAGCGGCUCGACCUUCCAUGAGCUCAUCACCUCGGAAGAGUUUCUAGCUAGCCAUGUGCUUCGGAUUCCCGCCGCAAAUACCGCCUCUGCUGCGGGCGGGAAGGAUGCGGCGCAAAACCUGCGGGAGCUGAGGGGCAAGGCGAAGCAGUAUCAGACCAUCAAUGGUCGCACAGUUGUCAUCAAAGAUACACACGUCUACAGUAACAAAGGUGCGCCUGAAAAUGCAAUCCUGAGCCAACAAUGACUGACAAGUAUAUCACAGGCUUCAAGUCGCUCGCGCAAG